AUGAGGACUCCUCUCGUCACCCUGCUGGCUGCUGUCCUGUGCGUGCAACAAGCUUAUCCAUUCAUGUGCUACAUCUGCCAAGAGCAGGAGUCCAACAAGGACUGUUUGACCAUUUCCAUGUGCUCAGAGGAGGACAAAUACUGCGUGACCGUGCGGAAGGAUGUCAGAACAAAGCCCAACAAGCCCAAAUACAUCAUCUCCAAGAUGUGCUCUCCGACGUGUCCAGCAGCAAGUCAGCAACAAAGCUCUCAGAGGGUUUCUUGCUGUGAGAAACCCUUGUGCAACGUGAAUGGAGCCAGCAGCAAGCAAAGCAGCUUUGGAGUGAUGUCCCUGGCUGUCCUGGCCAGUGUCACCUACAUCUUUGCACGUGGACUGUGA